AGUGUUUUAAAUUGCACAUGAACUUUAUGGCCACCCUGUAUUUGUACUUUAGUGACCUUGUGAACCAUUGCAAAAGGUUAAACAGCGUUUGCCCAGGCAGGAGCUGAUGACGGCUUGGAUUUGAAUUAUGCCAGGCACACAAAGAGGAGAGGACCUCACCAUUGAGAGACAGAGGCAGCCGGAUUCUGAGAGAAAGUGGGAGCUCGCCGAUCAAGGUGUCAGGAGUGACCCCCAGAGAGCAUAAUUUAUACACUUGGUCCACUUUGGACUGGCUCUUCUCUGUUUUACCACCUGAUUCUCUAGCUUCUGCCAGCUGCAGCUGAUAAGACUGGGGUUGGCAUCUUGCCCAAAGGCAGCAACUCUGUAAGCUGGCCAUCACCCAUGAGGUGAUGUUACUGAAAACUGCCUAAAUGGAUAUUCAGCAAAAAAAAAAAGGCUCUCUCUGCACUUUGAGGUUGAUGACAACUAGAAGCAUGCUUUCCGCUGAACUUCCCUGGACACCAUUUCUUACACAGAAUGUCUGUGAGUGAGAACUCGGUUUUUGCCUACGAGUCUUCCAUGCACAGCACCAAUGUCUUGCUCAGCCUCAACGAUCAGAGGAAGAAGGACGUGCUGUGCGACGUGACCGUCUUCGUGGAGGGUCAGCGGUUCCGCGCACACCGUUCAGUGCUGGCAGCAUGCAGCAGCUACUUCCACUCGAGAAUCGUGGGCCAGGCUGAUGCGGAGCUCAACAUCACCCUGCCAGAAGAGGUGACCGUUAAAGGAUUUGAACCUUUAAUUCAGUUUGCAUACACUGCUAAACUGAUUUUGAGUAAAGACAAUGUGGAUGAAGUGUGCAAGUGUGUGGAGUUUUUAAGUGUACAUGAUAUUGAGGAAUCCUGCUUUCAGUUUCUCAAAUUUAAGUUUUUGGAGUCCACUGCAAACCAGCCAGAAUGGUCGAGAAAAAAGUGCUUUCCAUCACAUUGUCCAAAGACAGACUAUAAAUUUUCACUUUUGGAGAAGAGGGAUCUAGAAAUUGAUGAAGUGAAGGAAUUUCUGGAAAAUAAAAAUGUUCAGACCCCUCGAUAUAAACUCUGCAUUUCUCCAGGAAACACAAAAGUAUCACCUCCUCUACAAGACAGUGCCAGUCAAACCUGCGAGUCCAUGUGCUUCGAAAAGGACUCUGCUCUAACUUUGCCAUCUUUAUGCCCCAAAUACAGAAAAUUCCAAAAAGCAUUUGGAACUGACAGAGUCCGCACUGUGGAAUCCAGUGUCAAAGACGCUCGUGCUUCUCUGCAGCCAAAUGAGACACCCGAAAGUGAGUGCCCAGGAGGGGCCCCUGAGUGUGUGGAUUUGCAGGUGGUUUUAAAAUGUGGAGAAAAUAAAUUGGCAAUGGACCCUGAAGAAACAAAGAAGGAAGAUCUUGUUUCUCAAUGCCCAACUGAAAAAACAGAAGAGACUCCUUUCCCCUACGGUUCUUCCACAGACCCUCACGGGCUCUAUUCUCUGUCUCUUUUACACACAUAUGACCACUAUGGUGACUUGAAUUUUGCCGGUAUGCAGAACACAGCUGCGAUAACAGAAAAGCCUUUGUCAGGUACAGACAUUCAAGAAGAGAAAACGUUUGGUGAAAGUCAAGAUUUACACCUGAAAUCUGACUCAGGUCCUAGGGAAGAUAGUAGCCUUGCCUCUGGCGACCGGAGCAGUGUGGAGCGAGAAGUGGCAGAACACCUAGCGAAGGGCUUCUGGAGUGACCUUUGUAGCACGGAGUCUCCCUGCCAAGCUCAGUUAUCACCUGCUGUGGCCAAGGAUGGCUCAGAACAGAGCUACUCCCAGAAGCGGUCGGAGUGUCCCUGGUUAGGGAUCAGGAUCAGCGAGAGCCCAGAACCAGGUCAGAGGACUUUCACAACGCUGAGUUCUGUCAACUGCCCUUUUAUAAGUACUCUGAGUACUGAAGGCUGUUCAAGCAAUUUGGAAAUUGGAAACGAUGAUUACGUUUCAGAACCCCAGCAGGAACCUUGUCCGUAUGCUUGUGUAAUUAGCUUGGGAGAUGACUCUGAGACGGACACAGAAGGGGACAGUGAGUCCUGUUCAGCCAGAGAACAAGAAUGUGAGGUAAAACUGCCGUUCAAUGCACAACGGAUAAUAUCACUCUCUCGAAAUGAUUUUCAGUCCUUGUUAAAAAUGCACAAGCUGACUCCAGAACAACUGGAUUGUAUCCAUGAUAUUCGAAGGAGAAGUAAAAACAGAAUUGCUGCGCAGCGCUGUCGCAAGAGAAAACUUGACUGCAUACAAAACCUUGAAUCAGAAAUUGAAAAGCUGCAAAAUGAGAAGGAGAGCUUGUUGAAGGAAAGAGAUCACAUUUUGUCGACUCUGGGUGAGACGAAGCAGAACCUAACUGGGCUUUGCCAGCAAGUCUGUAAAGAAGCGGCUCUAAGUCAAGAACAAAUCCAGAUACUCGCCAAGUACUCAGCCUCAGAUUGCCCACUUUCAUUUUUAAUUUCUGAAAAAGAAAAAAGUACUCCUCGUGGUGAACUUGCUUUACCAUCAAUUUUUACUUUGUCUAAUGGGCCUCCAGCUGUGCUGCCCCCGAGUGCCAGAGGAGAAGGUGAGUCCCGCUGUGUUCAGAGGCAGGAGCCCCAGCAGCCACCUUCAGCCACCUCUGAGCAAACUGGGCUUGUGCAACUGUGCCGUCAGAGUGGCUGCAUCUCAGAUUUCUGUCAGCAGAUGACCGAUAAGUGUACUACUGAUGAGUAAACUUUCAGACUCUUCCUUUAGACCAUCUAAUUUUCUACUGAAAUUUUGGCAUAGUCUUGAAAGCUAACGUUUUCAUCUUUCAUUCAACAAUUUUGUUUUUUUGCCCUAAUAGUUUGCCGUAAGGGAAUGUCUCUUAAGCCAACCUCAUUUCUCCUUGAUUUCCACAACAGACACAGAAAUCACUUGCCUCCUAGAUACCCUUCCCCCCAAAAAAAUCAGAUGUGAAAAUGUAGUAAAUGUUUUAAAAUUCAUAUUUUAAAGAACUUAUAGUAAUUACUUCGCAAUAUUUAAAAUAGGAAAAUGAAAACUGCAGUCUAUCAGUGUAAAAUGUCAGCAGGUCGUUCUUACUAAAGAACUGGCCUGCAGAAGUUUAAUAAUCUAGCCUCUUUUGCAAUAUACUUCUUUAAAAGAAAAUUACUUUCCAAGCAUUGCUCAUAGAGUUAUUUUCUACAAAGAAAUAGGAUGUCAGCUACUGGAAAUAUUUGUGUAGAGCUUCAAGUGAGAAAUAGGUCAUCUGCCAGAAUCCUAGAGCUUUGCCAUUUGGCUCCUACUAAAACCAGUAACUGUGGUAACUCCGGAACUGUAUUGGGGGGUUGAGUAAAUGGACAGGUGGUUGGCCUAAGAUGGGGGCUUCUCCUCAGUAUGGAGUCUAGAAAUUCUAGCUGCAUGAAUGGUAGAUAAGAGUCAUUUUCCCUCUCUUUUUCUCUCUUCAGUCCUAUCAUAUUCGGGCCCAUCAUGAACUUACUUCCUGAUGUUCUUGUCCUUUUGGAAGAAGAGAUAGGACUUAGGAAAGAGUGGUGUGAGUGAAUGCACUGGCAGCCCUGUCUUAGGCUCCCUCGAAUCCAGGGGAGGACACAAGGCUGUUCACUUCACUCUCCUGUGUAGGUCAGCAGUACGAGAAAGCCAGGCUUCAGAGGGAAGGAAACUUGCCAUGUGCCAGGAGAGUAGCUCAUUUUUCAUUCUGUUCUUGAAGUCCUAUGGUUUACUUGUAAAAACCAUUAUUAUAGAUAAAAAUGUAUCUACAACAACUCUGCAGGUUUGUGAAAUAGGAUAAAACUCAAUCUUGUUCUGUUGUGGGUUUGCAUUUGGAAACCAGGUUUAAUCCUUUCUCUCUUCCCCAAAUGUGGUAUUGUAUGGCACGGCACACAAGUCAUUUUGACUUGGCAUUUACAAAUCAGUCUUUGUGUUCAGUUGAUCUUGUUACAAAACAGAUAUAUAAUUUGAGUUCCUAUUCCAUAACAUUUUGGAGUGGUUUUUAGCAUUCUGGAAUGUUAGGCUUGUUUGGAAGUCAAAUGAAAGCUAUGGACUUUCAGCAAUAAAAAAAUAUACAUAUAUUCACAUUCACAUAAACGUUUGCAGAACCUAGCUUUAAGGGGGACAGAGAAGUUGUUAAUAGUGUUUGGAAUAAAAAGUACUUUUCACCAAGAUCAGACACCUGAGAGAGAGAUUUCUGUGGACUACAACCUAAGCCUAGUGAAGGGCUUGUCUGGCUAAUGUGGGCAGUGACCACCCACUGUGUAUGGCUGAGUCUGUAGAGAUCUGGCCUUGGCCAUGAGUGUCUGUCAGGGACAGUGUUCAUGUCUCAGGUUUGUCAGAUGGGUUACCCUUUUGAUCACAGCGUGGAGGGGGAGGAUAUUACUAGUAUAUUUCCACUGCUUCGUAUGUUAUCUUGGUUCUUGACUUAGCUGUAAGAGAAAAAUAAUUGAGCUUGUUUAUUUUCUAGUGGUUUUCAUAAGUAUACUCAAUUUGUCAGGGGGGAUGAUAAUCCUACAAUAAUGCGUCCCAUACUGCAAAAGAAUCGUGUGUGUGUGUACAUGUAUCUCCCCACGGAAUUAUUUCCUUGAUACUUAUAAUUUUAAAUUUCAACUUCACAAUAUAAAAUAAUAUAAAAACUUUUCUGGUUUACAAAGUGUGUAUCUUAUACAGGCCAAUGGAAUCCUUGGUUUCCUACCUCAGUGUACACUCAACUGUUUGUCAUACCAGUUUGUGUAUAUGCAAAUGUCAAAUAAUAUUUUGCUUUAAUUGCCACUGUAAAUACUUGCUUUGAAAUGUUACUAGUUUUUAAUAAAACCUAGUUGUAUUUAGAGCUUAAAUAUAAUUUUUAAGGCACUUGGUUAAAAUUUCUCUCGACCUGUAAACAGUUUAGCAUUAAGCGUUUAUUUUAAUGAUAUUUGAUUAUUGGUCAAGUGUAAUAUUUCUCAAAAUUUAGCAUUACCUUUAACAACCAGCAUGUAAUACAAGUAACUACACUACCUCAUAUCCACAUGAUUUUCAAGCCGUAAUACAGAUGGACAGAUAAAAUAUUAUUUUUGUCUUUUGGCCAUAGGUGGGGACAUUUUCUACAUAUUGCAUAGCAUUAUACAUUUACGCUUAUUUUAACCUUAACUUCUAAGGAAGUUUUUUACAAGAAAGUUUGUUUCAAAGCAAUAUAUAUUUUUUUGAGGCUGCCGAAGACAAGUGACAGGAUUAUGUGUAUACAGUGUAUGCCUUUUCCUUCAUGCAGAGUCUUGAAAAUGGUGUUUUCAGUUUGUACAUUGCAUAUUUACAUGAUCAUUGCUCCUUAUUUUAUGAACUGGUCUUCUCAAUGGUGAUUUUUAAAAAGCUGUUAUAACUAAUUCAAUAAAAUAACAUUACCUUAAUUUUUUUAUUUGAAUUCUGUAACAGCAGCAAAUCAUUUUUUAAAUUGUUGCAUUCAGAACAAAUGUGGAUACAAUCUUGGUUCUCCGUCUGUAAGUUUUAUAGCAAUUUACUGCAGCUUAACGCUUAACCAAUUUAAAAUAAAGAAUUCAAUAUAUUUGAUGCAGUAGACGAUACAGGUUGCACGUAGAUGCUCAGCCACGUUGGCAACUUGGGAAAAAAAGAAAUGGCAAUGGUAUAGUGAAUUCUCAGGUGAACUUUUUUUCAGUUAUAAAACAUCUAUUUUGACUUUGUAAAUAUUUUAAAUGUUUUAUUAAGGCAUGUAACGAACUAUUCUUUGAAACUUGUUGAAUAGGAUGAAAAUUUAAAGCCAUAGCAGUAAAAAAUGGCAUACUGAUUGUAAAAUAAACAGAAAUAAUACUGUUUUUUGUAUCUUUCAUAAUGAUUUUCUAACAACGCAAUAAAACCACUAAACUUAGAUAUCCAUGUCCUAUUAAAACCACGUUUCAUUAAAAGUAUACUUUCGUAGUAUUUAAUGUACAUUUUCUUCCUAAUGUGCCUACCCAAAUGGAGCAAAACUACAAAUGUUAGAUGUUGGUGAUAAAUUGACAGUUAAAUAAAAUUCUCUACGAUUGUUUCUAAUUGAA